AUGCACAAAGGGUGUGCCUGGGGAGGUCUGGAUCAGUAUAAAAGGCAGUCAACUGCAGGCUUCCGCAUCCACUUCUCUUGCCUUCUCCUCCUUGGUGAACAGGUCCACCUCCACCCCAAAGCCAUGUCCUGCUACGACCUGUGCCGUCCCUGUGGGCCAACCCCACUGGCCAACAGCUGCAACGUGCCCUGUGUCAGGCAAUGCCAGGACUCCCGCGUGGUGAUCCAGCCCUCUCCCGUGGUGGUGACCCUGCCCGGACCCAUCCUCAGCUCCUUCCCCCAGAACACCACUGUGGGAUCCACCACCUCUGCUGCCGUUGGCAGCAUCCUGAGUGAGGGGGGAGUGCCCAUCAACUCUGGGGGCUUCGGCUUCUCUGGCCUUGGUGGCCGCUACUGCGGCAGAAGGAGCCUGCCCUGCUAA